AGCGUCGCAUGUCUUUAUAGGCGCAGGGCCGACCGAGCCCACAAUUUGGUGCAACGCCAAGGGCCAACCCGCGACCUGCCAAGUCUCUCGGCGCCGUGCAUAGAGCCCCCUGGACCCCUAGGCGCGGCUGCGAACAUCACGGAGCCUCACAGAGCCUCGCCACAGGGUGACGGCCUUGACAGGGGCGGGCGAAGGUGCCAUGUUCCUGGUCGGUGCGGGCCGUGAUCUGCAGGUCGAGGAGCCUCUCGAAUUGUUUGCUGCAUUGCGAUUCGCUCCCGCAGGAGGCUCUUGGCCGUCGAGUGAGGCUGAGAUGGCUCGACGCAGGUAGCGCAGGACAUCGCAGACGCCGCCGUCGCCGGGCAAGACACUCCUCCCAGAGCUGCUGAAACGGCUCUAUGCUCACUUGUUCAGAUGAGGUUUCUGGAGAUGGAGGAAACACGAACUUCCGAGUCAAGCCUCGCGGCGACAAUGGACGAUGAGAUGCGUCCGAAGGAGAAAAAGGACGACCAGUCUGUGAAGUCUUGGACUCCCAGAGCUGUAUAUAACAAUCCAGCUGGUUCCUCCCAAUCAUCAGUCCGAAAUAGCCUCUCAUCAUCAGCUUCAUCACCAGCACCCUCAUAUCCUCCUCUUCGAGUUCGACUCGCCAGGCCCUCCUUCACGCCCUUUCAUUCGACUGUAGCCCGGGAGGCACUUCGACCUAUUGAUUAAUCCAGCUUCAACAACAACACCACCAGACUUUGACCUGUUUGACACAGUCACUACUACCUUCCUCCCAACAGAUUCCCACUCUCCAAGAUGCGUUCUUCUACCUCCGUCGCAGUGGCUUGCUUGGCCGCCUCCGUCUCGGCCCACGGUGUCGUGACCAAAAUCACCGGUGCCAACGGUGUUGAGAUGCCCGGCUUGACUGUCGCCGAUGGCACACCCCGCGACUGCUCAUCCAACGGCUGCGGCUCCCAGGCCGAUACCGCCAUCAUCCGGGACCGUGAGAUCAGCUCCGGUGCCGUCGGCCCCUUGGGCAAGACCCAGGGCAACGGCCCCGUCGACCCGGCCAUGAUGAUCGGAGUCUUCAUGGGAGACAUGGACCCCGCCAUGGCCCCCACCAACGGUGCCAGCUCGGGUGUCGGUCAGGAGGAUGACCUGAGCGCGGCCCCAGGCGGUGCCGCCGCCGGCGGCGCCGGUGGCAGGAACAACAGGAACAACAACAAGAUCCGUCAGCUGCUCGCUGGCCUCCUCGGAGGCGGUGGCGGCAACAACGCCCAGGGCACCAAGAGCACCGGACCUCCAGAGACCAUGGUCAAGGCCAUGGCCGGCGCCGGAUCUAGCCAGGGUCUGCCUACCGCCAACGAGGAUGGCACCGUCGAUGUGACCUUCCGCCAGAUCAACCAGGACGGCGCCGGGCCCCUCGAGGCCAUGGUUGACGGCACCUCGGGUGGCACUGACAUGGCUGCCUUCCAGGAGGCCCAGGUCACCCAGAAUGUGCCCGGCCUCGUGGCCGGUAUCUCGGCCACAACCACCUCCGACUUCCCCGUCAAGGUGCAGAUGCCCGCUGGCACCACCUGUGACGCCACCGUCGGCUCUGCCACCAACGUCUGCGUCAUGCGCCUGCGCAACAACACUCCCGCUGGUCCCUUCGGCGGUGCCGUGGCCUUCACGCAGACCCCUGCUGCCCGCAAGAGGGCUCUGGAGUACCGCAAGAAGAUGAGGAAGGCUCGUGCAUUCCAGGCCUAAAUCGUCAGACCCAUUGUCAGAUGGGGCGAGGCGCUUCGUGGCUGGGAGCGCAUCGCACUUGUAAAUAUGACGGCUUGCAGCCGAGCUCUCGAGGACAGGGGUGCCCAGUUGGGAAAAUGAAAGGGCUGUUGAUGAGAGAGACCCCCCCGACCUGCAGGUGGCCCUGGAGGCUAUGUAACGAUCCUUAUAUAUUAUUAUUAGAGAC